AUGUCCGUCAAGUUUGUAUGCAGUCCUCAGCGAUUUCCAUUUUGGCACCAGCAAAUUUGUGAAUGGAGCGAUGGUACUCAGGGAAUUGUAAGCAACUUCAUAAUCCAUGUAGGAACAUCGCUAGUGCAAACUAAAUCGGUCAAGAGUACUCUUCUAAGAACUACCCUUGCAUUGCCUCGUAAAGACUCACCUAUCAAGCUUAGUCGUCAGCGUGGAGAGAAUGAGGAAGCUGCAUGCGUCUUAUCUAUUCACAUGCCGGUGAAGGAGGAAAUAAGAUUCGUCAAGCCUCCAAGUAUUCUUCGCACUCGUGAAAAGGAGAUCUACCUUUUGCGUAAAUUAAUCAUGACUCCGACGACCCACUUUUCGUACUUCAUUACAACAGAGUCUUGUGUCUUUCGGCUUUGUAAAGAUUUUACCACUUCCUCUCAUCCAGCAAGCUCGUCACAACUCCAGAGAGCUUUCAAACAAUCCCUGCCACACAGUAUCAGCCUCAUGUAUCGAACUCAGCAUGAGAACCGCACCUCGGACGCGCACAUCUUGGCCACUUUCCCUCCCGAUGCAGACAUACCGCACUGUUGGGCUGCUGCAUACUACGACCGAUCGAUGCGACCAGAGACCGAACUCUGGGUAUUUGCUAGCGGGGAGAUUCCUGGUCAUUCCUCACGAGACAUCACUCAAUUCUGUCCGACAUGCAGAACCGCCCUUCUUUCGAUGAUCGAAUACAUGGGGAAGCUUCCUGUUCCUCCAUUGCAUCCAGACAAUGAGACUGCGGUAGAGCAAGCCAAACUGCACGAAAAGCAGUAUCCGGAGUUGGGGAAAGACGUCAGAUAUCCAGUUUCCCCCGGCUCUUACCUUCGCCAUCUCCUUCUCCCGUCUAUUGUCACUCUUGGGGCAGUCCACCACCAAGUCAUGCAGUUAUUUCUGGAGGCAGGUCUUGUACGGGAGGAUUUUCCCGGACCCGAGGCGGCUCUGAAUAAGUUUCUAUUCAAAUUUUCAGCCUUACCUCAAACUAAGGAGCUUCCAGCAGGAUUACGAUGGGGGGAAGUGAGAAGACAAGAUAUCGCAAUCGUACAAUCACGAACAGCAAUACCACGUGCUACUCGAACGUUGAUGUCACUGAAAAAUGUAGGGGUGUUUGAUGAAGAAACUGACAAAGCCGUUGCGUGGGCGUUCCUAGGACUAGAUGGCUCACUAACUGCAUUACAUGUGGAGCCUGGGUACCGUGGGAAAGGAAUUGCAAAGGCAGUGGCUACGAGAAUGUUUAAGAGGCACGCGCCUGGGCUUGCGGAAGAUGGAGAAGGCAUGGCAUGGGCUCACGCAGAUGUAUACGUCGGCAAUACGCAAAGUGAGGCUGUUUGCAGAAGUUUAGGCGGGGAAGAUUCGUGGAAAAUCUUCUGGGUUAGAAUUGAUGUUGCGACACUGGACCUUGACGAACCGGUAAACAAAAGCUCAAUUGAACGCCGGGGCUUCGGACAUUUAUACAGAAUGAUAAAUACCUGGUAG